AUGGAAAGAGAAGCUCAUGAUGAGCAUUUACUAGAAAGAUUAGAACUGGCUUCUUUUGAGCCGCUAGAAAAUGCAACAAAUAGACAAAAGUGCCCAAAAUGUGAUAGAAAUAGGAAAUAUUACUGCUAUGACUGCUGCAUUGGGCUUACCCCAGACAUCCCAAAGGUGGUUCUACCUUUGCAAGUCCAUAUUCUGAAAUGCAUAAAAGAAGCAAGAAGCAAGAGCUCUGCAGUUCCUAUAAAAGUCCUAGCUCCUGAUCAUAGCGAAGUUAUAGGCUGUUUAGGAGAAGAUAGGUCAGUUCCUGAAUACCCAGAUACAGCAGUUCUUGUAUUUCCUGGCGAAAAUGCAAGAUCGAUCCCAGAAUUGUCAACAGAAGAGCUACAAAAAAUAAAAACUGCUGUAUUUAUAGACUCUACGUGAAACCAAACCAAUUCAAUGCUAAAAGACCGAGUUUUGUCGUCAAUGCCUAUGAUUAAGCUUGAAACCCACAUAACGACGUUUUGGAGGUACCAAAGCGAGUCUAAGCACUCUUUAGCUACAAUUGAAGCUGUCUAUUACUUUCUAGUUGAUUUUCACAGAGAAAUGUUUAAAAGAGGACUAUGGGAGCAGGACUAUGCUGGCGAGUAUGAUAACGUCCUGUGGUAUUAUGCUUUUCACUAUAACCUCGUCCAAAAAGUCCACAGCAAAAAGUCACAUCAUGGUAAACUCGCCACAAAGAAGCCUGACUAUUUAAAAAAAAUCGACAAAUAA